UGAACGUCGUGGAGGCCCUUCAGGAGUUCUGGCAGAUGAAGCAGUCGCGCGGAGCCGAUCUGAAAAACGGAGCCCUCGUGGUGUACGAGAUGGUGCCUUCCAACAGCCCCCCGUACGUCUGCUACGUCACCUUGCCGGGAGGGAGCUGCUUCGGCAGUUUCCAGUUCUGUCCAACCAAGGCUGAAGCCCGACGGAGUGCUGCGAAGAUUGCGCUGAUGAACUCGGUCUUCAACGAGCAUCCCUCGCGGCGGAUCACUGAUGAGUUCAUUGAGAAGAGUGUUUCGGAGGCCCUGGCAUCUUUCAACGGCAAUCGAGAGGAAGCUGAUAAUCCCAACACCGGGAUCGGUGCUUUCCGCUUCAUGCUGGAAUCCAACAAGGGAAAGUCAAUGCUGGAGUUCCAGGAGCUGAUGACCGUCUUCCAGCUGCUGCACUGGAACUGCAGCCACAAAGCCAUGCGGGAGAGGCAGUGCUCGCGGCAGGAGGUCCUGGCUCACUACUCCCACCGCGCCCUGGACGACGACAUCAGGAACCAGAUGGCCAUGGACUGGGUGAACAGGGAGCAGAACAGCCCGGGGGCCCUUUCCAGAGAGCUGGCUUGGACCGAGAGGGAGCUGGACGAAGCCCGCCUGGGUGGGGACCGGGCCGACAGGAUCGUUCCCGGGUCACCUGCCCCCAGCAAGAAACAGUUGGUGGGGACAAUUCUUCGGAUUCCUGGUGGAGCAGAGAGCUCAAGUCAGCAGGUCGCACAGAGCGCGCCGUUCCACGGCGAGAGCUCGGCGCGGGAGGACGGGAAUCGCCUGGCUGAAG